GAACUGACGUCUACUAACCUCCGCAUUUUCCCCUCUUUUCCCCCCUGCAAGGAUAAGAAAAUCCGGGAUAUCGACUCACCGGUCAACGAAUAUGGGAAUCUCCAGGUUGGCAUCUCCGGCCCUCCAGGAAAUCCCUGCGUUGGGCUCUUUCUCCCACACACUCCAGUCCACACUUCCUCCACCUCCAGUCCGUCUGCUUCCGAGCCAACAAGCGGCGAUUUGCCCUGCCGAACUCUGGAGGCCUGCCCGAUGGGGUAUAGGGCACCGGUCUAGUCCCGAAACAGUGGGUCGCCUCUUUCUCAUUAGCCCCGUGACUGGAGAAGGUAAGCGGCUUCUCCACGUUGGGCAAGAAUCCCUUUCAUUUAGUACAAUGACACGGUAUCCCGUCUCAUCAUCCCGAUAAAUGUACAAUACGUUGUAUAGUCUUUUCAAUCUAUAGACUUAUGAAUCUAUCAUCUAUCAAAACAGGCUUCUAAACGACGCCAUAUCAUUCCGCCUUCUUCCACCCCCCGUUCCAUGGCUAUUCUCUUACAUGCGCCUCCUAUCUGUCCUCCCAUCCUGACCC